UAAUUCAGUGUAACUAGAUGCGUUCGUUGUAACCUGUUUUUCUGCUGCUGCUGCUGCUGAUGUUGUGGAUGUUGCAGUGUGACCGUGAAAAACCAGCACCAAACAUCCAGUGGCUUUUAAACCCAGCUUACCCACAGCCUCUACACAGUGUACAUCAGGAUUACCAUCUGAAGAUGCGUUAUAAUUAGCCUGGAGAAAUCAUCAGCUUCGUCUGUUGCGGUCUGACACAAAGACGGACGCACUGCUUGGAUUUAUUACAGGAGAGACAAACUGAACAUCACCGAAACGGAUACAUAAACACGAUGUCGUCGGAAAAACACGGACUGGAGGAAGCAGCAGGGCGACAGCCUAUGUCUCAGCCCAUGAUGCAGAUGGCUCCACCUCCAUACCUGCCCACCCAGGACCCCAACAUGCCCCCACAUCCCCCUCCACCCGGCUGUGCCCCGCAGCCUAACUACCCUCCUCCGCCUCCUCCACCGGGGUCUGAUGGAUAUCUGCAGGAAACACAAUUCCACUCUGGGACGCUUGGACCCCAGGGAGCUCCGAAUGGAUACCCAGUGCAAACACAUGGACCAGUGGGCACCGUCCCGCAUCCUCCUGUGGGCUAUUUACAUCCAGGAUACCCCCUACAACUGCAGCCCUGCACAGCCUAUGUGCCCGUUUAUCCUAUAGGCACAGGGGCGCAGCCUUACAUGCCAAAUGGUGCGCCUCAUCCAGGUGUUGCCCCAGGCCAGAUGGCCAUGCAUAUGCCAAACGGCAUUGCUCUGAUGGAGUCCCGUCGUCCUCCUCAUGAUUACCUGCCCAUCGCCGUCCUAACCACCGUCUGCUGCUUUUGGCCCACAGGAAUAAUCGCCAUCAUCAAAGCUGUGCAGGUUCGUACCGCCAUUGCUCGAGGUGACAUGGUUACAGCGGAGAUUGCCUCACGUGAAGCACGUAACUUCUCCUUCAUCAGUCUGGCUGUGGGAAUCGCCUCUAUUGUGCUCUGCACCAUUCUCACCGUGGUGGUCAUCAUCGCCUCUCAGCACCAUGACGACGACUGGGAGCCCUAGAGAGCCUCCCUUUCCUGCCCUCCAGACCCCGGGCCACCAUUCCAGUCGGUAUUCUGCUUUUUCUGUCACACAGCACAGUUCAGACGGCUCCAGCCACCACAUCCUUAUCUGCAGUUGAAAACACGCUUCAACAGCCAUUUGCCAAUGUAUUAGUUUGAAGAUAGAUUGAUGGUGUGGUAAACCCAAGGGUGGGAAACAACAAUCUCCUGUGGUAUAAGACUAACUCAGCAUUAUUCUACCCGAACACUCCCUGUUUCUCCUGAACAAAAGCCUAUCUUAGAUCAGUAGUGUAAAAGUAUUAAAGACUGUGUUAUCGUUUGCUAUUGCAUAUUGCCAAAAAUCUUGCUUUGUAAAAGAACACAAGUAUUAUAGGAAAAUAAUUUUAGUAUCAAUUGUGUUUUUUAAUGUAAAAUAACAUUCCAUUUAUUAUUUGUGCCAUUGAUCUGUUUAGAAUUAGGAAAGUUGAGAUAUUUGUUUGUACAGUAGGUCGAAUUGGCAAAUUCAGUCUUUGAAAGUGUGGAGAAUUUGUGUUUUCUAUACAGUAAGUAUUGAAAAGUGUCAAAUAAUCUAUUGAAAUAUUCAAAAGACUAAUGUGAGAAUUGUAAAACUGCUACUGGGUGAAACAAUUCCAAUACAUUUUAGAUGGAAUUUUGUAUUUUAGUUUACCCAAAUGAACUUCUAUGGUGUAGUUCAUAAAGCUAUAUAUCAGUAUUGUACACUUGUUGGUUUCUUUACUGAAACCAUGCCGGAAAUUUACUCUACGCAGUAUGCAAACACAGAUGCAAAUGCUUAGACAAUUGUGUCAUUUUAGUCAAAUAUUUAAUUUAGCUGAAAAUGAAACUGGAAAGUAAUUGAACUUGUUUGGAUUUAGAAGAGAUUUAUGAACCAGACAUUGUAAAUUGAUUGGCAAUGUGCCAUCCAUCAAUAUUUUACACAUCAAUACAUCAAUAUUUUAUACAAAAAAAGUAUAUUCUGCUAGUCUGGCAUAAUCUUUGGUAAAUAAACUUCAUCAAAUCUGUAAAUUAUUUUGACUUUCAAUAUAUAGGCAUUGUCCAAAUCCCAUUGUCUUGACACAGAAUCGACACAUUUACAACUUUAAUAUAUCUUAACCAUAAUAUGUUUGCAGUCACACAAGGCAGCUACACAAUUACACUUAAAUAUUUUAAGCCAUUUCAUUGAAUGUGGCGUUAUUCGGGUAGCUAGCUAGUAGCUAUACAAAUCAUGAAAGUUUAACUAAGGGUAAGUUUACAUGAUAACAUUUGUAACCAAAACCUUCAACAUUGAUUUUGGAAACCUGAAAAUGGAGUACAAAAGAGACAGUUAUUGUCUCUACCUUAAAAUAUCAAAUGAAGGAUUUUGUAAAUACAGUGAUGUCAUGUUUAUUGCUCAUGUUUACAUGUUCAGUCUAAAGACAUGCGUAAAUACUUAAUAAACAAUGGCGCUAACUACUGGAUUGUCAUGAAUAAUAGGGAUGUCCCGAUCAGGUUUUUUGCCCUCAAAUCCGAGUUAUUUGAUUUUGAGUAUCUAGCGAUACCAAAACCCGAUCCGAUACUUCUAUAUU